CUGCUGGCAAGCGGAUGGAUGUGCGCGCAGUGGGGCAUUAUGGCCCUGCUGCUCGCCGCCUUUGGCGUCGCGCUCGCCCUCGCUUCAGCUGCGGGCCCACAACAGGUGCCACUAUGCCCGCCACCUACAAAAACUGCACCGAGGAGCCCGUGUGUGGCUCGGACGGGCGCACGUACCCGACACGCUGCGACUUGGAGCGUUCCCAGUGCGAAGGGAACUAUGUGGCGCUAAGCCACACGGGUCCGUGCACCGAGCAGGCACAAGCCGCAGCAGCAGCACGUUGCCUGCUUCAGAAACAGCAGAGCAUGCAGCAACCAGGCUCGUUCGUCCCGGAAUGCUCGCCAGAUGGCGGGUUCGAGCGUGUCCAGUGCCACGAGCUGACAGGAUACUGCUGGUGCGUGGACGCGCAGGGGAGGCCUCUGGCAGGAUCCUCGGUUCACCUGAAAAAACCCAAUUGCACAUCCCGACGACAGGGUUCAUUCCAGCGUAGAGCUUCACACCAGGGACAAGCUAAAACAGGUUGUUCGAGCGUUGAUCGUAGCCAGUUCAACCUGAACUUGGUGGGCAUAUUUCAGAAGGAGUUUGACAGGCUUCCGAAACCUCCUGCUGGCAACGUUACAGGUCGUGUGCCCGCAGUGCUGAGGUGGAAGUUCUCCGAGCUGGACGUCGACGGCGAUGGCUCCCUGCAGCUGCACGAGGUUCGCGACCUGCGGCGGCUGGCACGUCGCAUCGUGGAGCCGCAGGCGUGCGCCCGGGGCCUCGCCCGCUACUGCGACGCCAACCGGGACCGGCUUCUGUCGCUCUCCGAGUGGCUGCACUGUCUUCAGGGGAGCCCCAUGCGCGUGGACAAGGGCGGCAACCCGGAUGCGGCGGUUGCCCUGGCUGGAUCCCUGCGGCCAGACGGCUUGCGGCCUGUCGAGGACGAAGACAAGGACAGCCAGGAGACGCAAGAGCCAGGUGGACCCUGGUCCUUGGGGACUGCCGCGGAUUGCGGUGCUGCGCGGCGACAAGCACAGGAAGCACAACGUGAUGCACCGCGGAUCUACGUGCCUGAGUGCCAACCGGAUGGCCGUACCUACGUGCCGGCACAGUGCCACGAAAACCUCUGCUGGUGCGUGAGCGUGCGCACUGGCCGGCCCCUGCGGGGAACGACGUCCACGUCCCGGCCCGAUUGUGCCUCAUUACUUGGAGACACUUUCAAAGGUUGUCCCUUCAGGAAGAAGCAGCUUUUCUUAGCUGCACUUCUACACAGCUUCGAGAGGGAGCAGCAGCAAGCAGCCACCAGCCCUCUUGGGUCAAAGACCACAGGCGCUGACGUGCUGCGAUGGAAGUUCUCCACGCUUGAUGUCAACCACAAUCAGCAUGUGUGA